AUGCGCACUGUGAAUUCUUUCGGUUUCGAAGAUUCGACGGGUAUGAAUACGCUCCCUUACUACCCGAAUAUCCCGACGAGGACCAACCAUUUUACCACUACGCGCCAAAGCCCAUGCGUCCCCGGCCGCCAAUGGCAUCACAUGAGUUCGACCAUUGGUUCUAUAAAAGAUCUUGGUCUCGCACUGCCCGACGACUACUUUCUACAGAUCAGCACCGGGCAAAAAGCAAGACGUGUUUCCCCCUGGGAAGCAGAGCUGUUGUCGAAGAGAAAAUUCCUAAACGAGAAACUGCCCUUGAAGAAGGGUCUCGCUUUCCUGUCUCCAUCGGUCUACUUCUUCUUCGCAUGGUUGUUUCAAUGGGGUCAUGCAGGUGAUUUGCAAAACGCAGCCAUUCCAAUUACGCUUUCGCUAGCACCGCUUGCGACGUUUUGGGGGUUUGUUCUAUCUACUUCUCCUAGGUUCGAUAAUACUCGAACAUUGUGA